UUGUUAGUGUGGAUUAAAGACAAUCUUUUGCAGGAGAGACCUGAACUAUUUAUUCAAGGAGAAUCUGUGAGCACGCAGGAAUACUAGUGCUGGUGAAUGAUGUCGAUUGGGAGCUAAUGGGUGGAAAAGAUUACGAAAUUCAAGAAGGCGACAACGUUGUGUUUAUCUCCACUCUGCACGGUGGAUAGACAUACGUACGCGUCGCCGCUGGAUGUUUCCAUCAAGCAGCAGUUGCCAAUUCAAUCGUGCGACAUUGGAUUGCCGAUCUCGUUAAGCGAAGCCGCGCAGUUUCACGGCGCACGAUAACAAUCAAAUUUGUCACCCGUGCAACUUGCAACUUGCGCAACAACUUUUUGCUCUCUGUGCAACAAUUGGCUUCAACAACAACAACUUUUGCACAAAAACUUGCUCGAUCUCGACGACAACGACGACGAAGACGAUGGCGGCGGCGACCGAUGAUGACUCGGCGCGAUUCGCGGCGCUGCUCCAGCGCAUCCCGGGCGAGGCCAACGCCGUCACCUCCCUCGUGAGGGCGCUGUCGCAGCGCGUUGAGAGCGGCGAGCUCGCGACGGCGCGCGGCGUCGGAUUCCUAGAGGUCAAGUACCAGCUGCUCCUCGGCUACCUGACGAACCUCGCCUACGUCAUCGCGCGGAAGUCACGCGGCGAGCUGAUAGAGGGCGCCGCGUGCGUCGGCCAGCUCGUCGAGCUGCGCACGCUGCUCGAGAAGAUGCGGCCCGUCGACCAGAAGCUGAAGUACCAGAUCGACAAGCUCGUGAAGACAGCCGCCACCGGCGCGGACGCCGGCGCCGACGACCCGCUCCGAUUCCGACCCAACCUCGACAAUCUCGCGGGCGGACUCGACGAUGCGGAGGAGGAGGAGGAGGAGGAGGAGGAGGAAGACGGGGGUCGGGAGCGGGCGGCGAAGCGCGAGGCCGCCACCGAGCGGAAGUACCGGCCGCCGAGGCUCGCGGCGGCGCACUUUGACGGCGACGAGUCGGCGCUCGAGCGGCAGGCGUCGGCCAGUCGUCGAGCUGCCGCACGCUGCCUCGAGAAGAUGCGGCCGUUCGACCAGAAGCUGAAGCUACCAGAUCGACCAAGCCUCGUGAAGAACAAGCCGCCACCGCCGCGCGGACGCCGCGCCGACGACCGGCUCCGAUUCCGAACCCAACCUGCGACAACUCUCGCGGGCGGACUCGACGAUGCGGAGGAGGAGGAGGAGGAGGAGAGGAGGAGGAAGACGGGGGGUCUGGAGCGGUGCGGCGAAGCGGCGAGGCCGCACGCAGCGGAACCCGCCGGCCGCGCGCUAGGGGGCGCCGCCGUCGAGGAGCUGCGGCGCGAGUACGACGACGGGCCGGAGGAGAUCCGCGAGGAGUCGGUCGCGAAGGUUCGGGAGGAGCGGGAGCGGCGGCGGCGGCGCGAGUAUGAGGAGGAGCACCUCAUGCGGCUGCAGGAGCCGCGGCGCGGCGGAGGCGGCGACGAUCGCCGCAACAUGCCGCUCAUGUCGAAUCUCGACCAGCUGACGCGAUUCGGGGACCUGCGCGCGCUCUCGGGGGAGGUCGGCGAGGAGGCGGAGGGAUUCGUGGCGAAGAAGAAGAAGAAGGCUGCGGGGGGAAAGUCGUCGUCCGGGAAGAAGGGGAAGAAGGGAAAGCGGAGGCGUUUCCAUUAGGCAAGAGUGUAUUGGCGGUUUGGGGAGGGAUGAGGUCGAACAUGUACGGUACAUGUUCUAUUUUGUACGUAUGUUGGAUCGUCAAUUUGCAGUUGUUGGUUGAGUUUAUGCCUUGCGUGAAAGAUGUGCCCGUGUCCCAUAUGGAUUAAAAAAUGUGAUCCUAGCAUUCGUCUGUCAAUCAGGGUCUCAUUUAGCUUUGAAAUAGGAACAGCAUCAAUUGUGGUGGCAGAUGUGUUACCGUUGUUAUGGUACAAAACAAAUGCUAGUAAGUGCAAAAUCGUGUAUUUUUGUUUCUGUUGCUUCUUAGUUUAUCUCAUUGUUUGAUGUAGGGAUUAAUUGAACCAAUAAAAACUCAAUGUGCAUUGAUGAAAAUGAA